UUUUUUUUUUCUGGCUCCUUUGCCUUUCUAACGCAGCUCGCUUUCGUACAUUUACAUUGCAAGGCAAAUAAAGACGGCUACAGCAGAAAACUGAACAGCGAAAAAUGUCGGGCUCAUUCUUUGGAGAUGGCUUUGGGCAAGCGGACGACCCGAUAGCGAGGGAGCGCGCGGCGUUCUUUGCGCAGGGCACUGGCGGCGACCUAGAUGCGCGCCUGGAAUCGCUGGCGCUCAACGACAAUCUGGGCGACAGGCUUGAGGAGGAUCUGGACGAUGUCAAUGACCAGACAUUUGACGCCGACGUGGGCGACAUUGCCGGCAAGGAGUUUGACUUUUACCAGAACACGCUGGCCAACCAGAGCAAAGGUGCCUGGCCACGCACCCAUGGUGCCGUUCCCAGGAGCCAGCGCUCCACCCAUGCAGACCCAGGCGCCGGUGGAGCCACGUGUGCGGCGCGGCCUGACGCUGGCGGAGCUCGAGUCGCAGAUGGCGCAGCGGGCGACACCGGCACCGCAGGCCGCGCAGUCGCUGCUGAGGACGCUGACAGGCGGCGCCCGAGGUCGUGGCCCAGCGGAAGCAGGCAGAGAGAGGACCGCAUGGCAGAGCUGGCGCGGUACGACAACAUGAUGACCAGGCAUGACAAGGACUACAUUGUCCGCAUCCAGAU